AACAGAGGAGCGAGGCCGACACUGCCUGCCCUCCACUCCAACCCCCCGUCCCUCUCGCAGCCGCGUGCGGUGAAACCAAAAUAUCCCCGCGGUAAACACGUCGUCCCCCCCGCCGGUAGAUCUCCGCCUCCGCCUUCCCUUCCCGAAGCCCCCGAUUUAUUCCCAUCCCCGCAAUCCCGCAGCCUUCCCAAAACCAAUUCGGCACUCCUCUUAUCUCGCCGCGCCGCCGCUCCAUUUCCUUCCUCCCCCCAAAACCUCGAAACUCUACCCGCUGGAUUCCUCCGCGGGCUCGCCUGCCUAGGGUUCACUCCGCAGACUCCGCUCCGGCCCGGAGCCAUGGCCGUGGCGGAAGCGAGUAGCAGCGGCGGCGGCGGCGAGGAGGGGUACGGGGCGUGGACCCGCGAGCAGGAGAAGGCGUUCGAGAACGCCAUCGCGACGAUGGCGGAGGAGGCGGACGGGGACGCGCGGUGGGAGAAGAUAGCGGAGGCCGUCGAGGGGAAGACGGCGGACGAGGUCAGGCGGCACUACGAGCUGCUCGUGGAGGACGUCGAGGGCAUCGACGCGGGCCGCGUGCCCCUCCCGACGUACGCGGCCGACGGCGGCGCCGAGGAAGGGGGCGGCGGCGGCGGCGGCGGCGGUGGCGGGAAGAAGGGGUCCGGGGGAGGAGGGUCCCACGGGGAGAAGGGGUCGGCGAAGUCGGCCGAGCAGGAGCGCAGGAAGGGGAUCGCCUGGACAGAAGACGAGCACAGAUUGUUCCUUCUUGGACUUGAAAAGUAUGGCAAAGGUGACUGGCGGAGCAUCUCUCGGAACUUUGUGAUCUCAAGGACGCCGACUCAAGUAGCUAGUCAUGCACAGAAGUAUUUCAUCCGUCUAAACUCGAUGAAUAGAGAGAGGCGGCGAUCAAGUAUACAUGAUAUCACUAGUGUGAACAACGGGGAUGCAUCAGCUGCUCAGGGGCCAAUCACAGGACAAACAAAUGGGCAGGCUGCAAAUCGUGGCAAGCCCUCUAAGCAAUCUCCACAGCCAGCAAAUACACCUCCAGGUGUCGAUGCCUAUGGUACCACAAUCGGACAGCCAGUUGGUGGCCCCCUUGUCUCAGCAGUGGGGACUCCUGUUACUCUUCCUGUUCCAGCUCCACCUCAUAUGGCCUAUGCCAUGCAUGCCCCGGUUCCAGGAGCCGUAGUACCUGGAGCCCCAGUAAACAUUGCUCCAAUGCCCUAUCCAAUGCCACCCCCAUCAUCUCAUGGGUGAGAAACAUUUCGAGUGCUGCAUGGCUUCUAAACAAAUCCAUAAUCACCCUAUGUUGCUUUUAGUGGAUGUGCUACCAUGGUGCAAUAAAGCAAUAUCAAUAAACUUGUGUACAUUACAAACUGUUGUUACAUGUAGCACUUUGAGGACAUUGCGAUUAUGUACCUGUUGCAUGCAAACUCUCCAUGUACACCUGCUCCAAGUGUUUCAGGAUUGGUGGUGUCCGUA